AUGAAGACGUUACUAGUGGUUGUGUUCUCUUUGCUCACUGUGUGUAUUCUUGCUGAUGUCACUGAUGAGGAGGCUCCAUCGGACGAUGCCCUCCCCAGACUAACUGAUGUUGAAGCAGUGGAGGCCUUCCUCGACUCAGAUGAUGUUGCUGUGAUCGGCUUCUUUGAGGGAAAGGAGAGCUAUGGCUAUAAGGAGUUUUUGGAGGCUGCCAAAGCAGUGAAGUCCAUCCCGGUAGCCCUGUGCAGUGAUAAGGAAGUGUGGGCAAACUACAGCAUCGCGACUGACACCAUCAGCAUCUUCAGAAAGGCGGAUGUAGGCCAAGAGAAUUUGCAGCUCUCUGAUGCAAAGAAAGUGGAUGCUGAUGGGUUGACACGCUUCAUCAAAAUGAAUAAUGUCCGCUAUAUCACAGAGUACAACCAAGUGACUGCCGUGGGCCUGUUUCAGUCGCGGGUGAAGACGCACAUCCUGCUCUUCGCCAACAGGGGGAGUGCCGACUACUCCAAGCUGCAGAAGAGGCUGGGGGCUGUGGCCCCUGACUUCAGUGGAAAGUUCCUCUUUGUCCUGGUGAACGGGGCAGUGAAGGGCAACGAACGCUCCCUGGGCUACUUUGGCCUGACGUCACGUGACCUGCCUCGCUUGGGCCUCUACGACAGCGACCUGGAUAAGAAGUGGCUCAUGCCCAAGGGGGACAUCACCAAAGAUGCCGUGCGGGCAUUCUGCCAGUCCUUCCUGGACGGAGAACUCCAGGAAACAAAAGAAGCGGGCCAACCUGAAGCCAAAACUGAACUCUGAUCUGAAUGCUAUAAUCAAAAUAAAACCUUUUACUGUAAAAACA